CAACCAACAAACAUUUCUUCUUCCUCCCCUGAAUAUUCUCUCUCUUUCUCUACUCUUUAUUUUCUGAAUAAUAAUCAAGAAAAUCCGUUGCAACUUAACAAGCAUCUGAUAUAAGGAUCCAUUUCCCUUAUUUCCUUCUUCUCUAUGUAGCUUCUAACGAUCUUUUGAAACGAUGACAAGGGUAAGCCGUGAAUUUGGUAACACCCUGCAAAAGGAAGCAGUUUCAGCAGUAUCUGCUGAUGUGAUAUUUGCUUCCAGUCGGUUUCCAAAUUACAAACUUGGAGCCAACAAUCAGAUUCUGGAUGCCAAGGAUAGUCCAAAAGCACCAUCCAUGAAGGAGGUUGUUGCCCGUGAGACUGCACAGCUGUUGGAGCAGCAGAAACGCUUCUCUGUUCGUGACCUUGCUAGCAAAUUUGAGAAGGGGUUGGCUGCUGCUGCUAAGUUAUCUGAAGAGGCUAAACUUAGGGAGGCAGCUUCGCUGGAGAAACAUGUACUGUUAAAGAAGCUUAGAGAUGCUCUGGAAUCUUUAAAAGGACGAGUGGCUGGCAGAAAUAAAGAUGAUGUAGAGGAAGCUAUAGCCAUGGUUGAAGCUUUAGCAGUCCAGUUGACUCAAAGGGAAGGAGAGUUGAUUCAAGAGAAGGCUGAAGUGAAGAAACUAGCAAAUUUUCUGAAGCAGGCUUCAGAAGAUGCGAAGAAACUAGUUGAUCAGGAAAGAGCUUUUGCUCGUACUGAAAUUGAGAGUGCAAGAGCAGCAGUUCAGAGAGUGGAAGAGGCCCUUCAAGAACAAGAACUAAUGUCACGAGCUUCAGGAAAACAGGACAUGGACGAAUUGAUGAAGGAGGUUCAAGAGGCUAGACGGAUCAAAAUGCUUCACCAACCAAGCAGGGUUAUGGACAUGGAACAUGAGCUUCGAGCGCUAAGGAUGCAGCUUGCAGAGAAGUCAAAGCAUUCUCUUCAGCUUCAGAGAGAGCUGGCAAAGAGCAAGAGGAGUGUGGAAAACUUAUCUUUUUUGUAUGAGUUAGAUGGUGCUGAAGCAUUAGGUUCAUAUUUGCAGAUUAAACCUUGCUCUGAAAUUUCUCCUGAGCUUUCUAAAUGUUCAAUUCAGUGGUAUCGUAUAUCAUCUGAAGGUGGCAAAAAGGAGCUAAUAUCAGGUGCCAGUAAAUCAGUUUAUGCCCCAGAGCCCUCUGAUGUUGGUAGAUUACUGCAGGCUGAGAUUGUUUAUGAUGGCCAGCAAACCAUAUUGACAACUGCUGGUGCUAUCGAUCCAGCUCCUGGCUUGGGAAGCUACGUGGAGGGACUUGUGCGGAGACAUGACAUAGAAUUCAAUGUAGUUGUUACCCAGAUGAAUGGGACAAAUCAUCCAUCAGAAUCUAUUCAUGUACUACAUGUGGGGAAGAUGAGGAUGAAGCUUUCUAAAGGAAAGACAACAAUCACUAAAGAAUAUUAUUCCAGUUCAAUGCAGCUCUGUGGAGUUAGAGGAGGCGGAAAUGCCGCAGCCCAGGCACUGUUUUGGCAAGCCAAGAAGGGGCUCUCCGUUGUACUGGCAUUUGAAUCAGAGAGAGACAGAAAUGCAGCGAUUAUGCUUGCCAGGAGGUUUGCUUUUGACUGCAAUGUCAUGCUUGCCGGGCCAGAUGACAGAGCGCCUUUAGAAACCUAAGCAGACCUCUUCAGAUUUCCAUUUUGCUAAUUGUAAUUAUGUCUGAGAGUUUCAUCGAGUUUUAUGUAAUUAUAAGUUUGUCUGUAGGAUGUGAAGUCUGGUUUGGUUGUGUAUUGAGUUUCCCACCAUUCUUUUUCACCCAUUUUUACCACAUUUUCCAUUUCUGCUGCUGUACCAACACCAAGGCAUUCUUUUAGUUCGCCUCCAUUUCUCUCACUGUAGCAUAUUCUUUCACUAACAUUUGAAGAAUUCCUUGAAGCUGUCUAUACUUUGUUGAAUUGAUCUCAGUUAUAAUGAUUUUGAUGCGAGCUUGAUUAUAGAUUU